AUGCCCACAGACAACUUUUCCGACGAUAAGAAGUUCGGACAAGGGGGCUUCGGCUUGGUGUACAAAGGAUUCCUCAAGGAACUGAACCUUCACGUGGCCAUCAAAAGAGUCUCCAAGGGUUCAAAGCAGGGGAGGAAGGAGUAUGCCUCUGAGGUAAGGGUCAUAAGCCGGCUUCGCCACAAGAAUCUCGUGCAGCUUAUCGGCUGGUGCCAUGGAGGCCGCGAGCUGCUCCUCGUCUACGAGUUGAUGCCCAACGGUAGCCUUGAUAGACAUCUCUAUGCUGCCAAUAACGCCAUGCUUCCAUGGUCGGUUAGGCAUGAGAUUGUGCUCGGGUUAGGAUCCACGCUUCUCUACCUACAUCAGGAGUGGGAGCAGUGCGUCCUGCAUAGGGACAUCAAGCCAAUCAACGUCAGGCUAGAUGCGUCCUUCAACACCAAGCUCGACGACUUUGGUCUUGCCAGGUUGGUCGAACACGGCCGAGGUUCGCUCACCAUGGCGCACGUCGGGACAAUGGGAUACAUGGAUCCAGAAUGCAUGAUCACUGGCAGGACCAACACCGUGUCAGAUGUUUACAGCUUCGGCGUUGUCCUCCUUGAGAUCGCCUGCAGCAGACGGCCCGUGGUGGUGGUUCAGCAAGAAGAAGAAGAAGAUGAUGAUGAUGCGGUCCACCUGGCUCAGUGGGUCUGGAGCUCGUAUGGAAGAGGGAAGAUUCUGGACGCCGCCGACACACGGCUGGGAGGACAAUUCGAUGCCCGGGAGAUGGAGUGCGUGUUGAUUGUCGGGCUUUGGUGUGCUCAGCUCGAUCUGAAGCUGAGACCGUCUAUCAGGCAUGCUCUUAAUGUGUUGCGAUUUGAGGCGCCCCUGCCUCCCCUCCCCUCAAGGAUGCGGGCUGCAAGCUACAUGCCACCAGUCAGUGGUAUAGACAGCUGUAGAUCUGAGUAA